AAUUGUACGCAUAUCUCUCUUGUGGUUUCUUCGCCGAAACAUUUACACCUUUGCCACUUCACUUAUCAAAGCUGCGACGCGUUGCUCUCCCCAACGUCUGCGUCGCUCACUUCAGCGCGUUGUUUAUUCGCGAAAUGGAGGUGAUCGCUGCGCGGCGUUGUUAACUUCGUCUGCGCCAAUGCGUUGUCGCCUCAAGCGAUCGAACUGCUAUUACCGACACAGAUAUUUGCAGUAGUCGGCGCUACCGCCGAAGCCAACUGCUUCCACCUCGAUCGCUUUUCGUGUUUCUUCUGUUGAUUUUGCUACGCUGACGACCUGUUAUUCUCGUGUGUGUGUUUGAGUGGUCGCCGUCACCGUCGCUAAGUGUGCCUGGUCUCUACUGUAUUGGCUUGCUGAGACGGUAGCGCCUCAAUUUCCGAUCAGUUCAAGUUUUUCAUUUGCGCCGAACUAACGUGAACGCAAAAAAAUUCACCGGCCAGCGAAACGUGCUGUUGCAACAAGCAAACCAACGAGCGUGCAUUAAUCAGACAGAACGAAAAAUAUUAAUAUUAAAUGCGACAAAAUCAACGAAAUUUGCGUCGAGUUGAAAAAGUGUAAAUGUUAGAAAGAUUUAGAGAAAAAAGUAAGCCGAGUGUCUGAAUUUCCACAACAACAACACGAACGCCGUUAAUGCGUUCACAGCGAGCGUUGGUGUUAUUAUUAUUAUUUUUUUUUUUAAUUUUUCUCUUGUUGUUGGUAUACCGGCCAUAAUAGUGAAAUAAAUAUAAUAAUUUAAAUUCUAUUUUUUAAAUGCUCUGCAAAUAUUUCGUGCAUGUCCCUGCCUUUUCGGCUUACGUGUGCGCCGAUUUUCGUGUUAGUGGCGACAUUUUUUCGGUGCAUUGUGUGCUCAAAGAUGCCGUUACCGUUAAGGCAAUAACAAUAAAUUCAAAGUGGGUGCAGUUAAAUUAAUACAAAAACAACAAUUAAGAAAACGAACCAAAAAUUAUGGCAAAUAUGUGAAGCCAAGAAGUGUGCCCGGAGUGCUGUAACAAAUACUUAAAAAAAAAACAACGAAAAAAUGUAAAAAAAAUAUAAUAACAAAAAAAUACAGAAAAAUAUGCAAAAAAUUUAAAAGUUUAAUUUAUAAAGUAAUAAUUGAAAAUAAACAACAAAAAAGUUUUGAAAACUUACAAUAAAAUUUAAAAAAAAAUCAAUACAAAAUUUUUGAAAAAUAUGAACUAUUAAAUAUAUUAAGUAAAAACAGAAUUAAAUAUAAAAUCUAAAAAAAAUUGCAGAAAAAAGUUUUAAUUAGCGCCUUUUCGUUCAAUUAAAAAAUGUAAAGUCACUUAACGAAUGUCAAUAGCUUCUCAAAGAACCGUGAAUUUCAGUGCUUAACGAGACAGGCGGUCAUUUAAAUUUUCCAUUUGUUUUUUUUUUGCUCAAAAUACUAGCAUUGCUUGCACAAAAAUUAAAAAAAAAAACUCUUCAUUAUUUUCGUUUGCAAAUUUUAAAAAUGUUGUGCUACUUAAAAAAUAUAUAUCAUGCGACAAUUAUAUGCUAAUUGCACGGUUUGUGAGAAAAGUGAAGAAGUGAAGCAAAUCUUAUGCGAAGGUGCUUUUUAAUGCACAUAAGAGUACAUACUCGUACAUAAAUAUUUAGACCAGAAAUAUCUGCAAACUAUGUAAAAAACCGUAAACGUACUAAUGUUUGUGCCAUCGAAUUAUAUUUUUUACUAAAAUACAAUAUUGAGUGCUAAAAAAUCAUACGAAAUUUUUAAAUUUGAAAUGUGACUUUUAUAAGUGUUGAUGUGUGCGUGUUUAAUAUCAACAAAUUCGAAAUCAACAACAAAACUUAACGACAAAUCUAAUUUGUGGCCAAUCAAUUACCAUAAAAUCAGAGUUUUGAAAAAGCAAUUACGAAUUAUUUACGACGAAAACAAUAACGUUUAAAAGAUUUUUUACCUAAAUUUUUUACCAAACAACGAAAAGGACGUUACUUGAAAUUUCAGAACAAAUCAAAACAAAAAUAAGCUCAAAGUCAACUUUGAUUAAUUGCUAAACGAAAGUUAAACGCACUGACCUCGACCCCUUAGACUUUGACCGCAGACAGUUCUACGCGCGCGCGGUUCUCCUUUUUUUAUUCAAAAUGAGUAUUAUCGAUAGCGGACGUUACCGGCUGCGCAAAGAUUGGGCCAGCGCCUCCAUACCGUCAUUGGUCGACAUCGAUGAACAUGUGAGUGAUGAGGUAGAGAAUUCGCUGAAUAUUACCACACCAUUGCCACCACCAAAGCCACCACGUCGCAGCUCAUUGGCCUUGGGUUUGUUCUCGAGCAAAGGCGAUAAGAGUCAGAAGCGACGCAGCUCGAUUGCGGUGUUUUUACGACGCGACAGUAAUAAGAAUUCAACCAAAGAUUCAUAUGAAUCAGCUGUGAAACACGAAAAAAGCGAUGGCUCCAACACACCCGCUAGUCCGGAAAUUUCCUUCAGUUCAGCAGAGAAUGUGCGCGCCUCGUCACCCAAUGAACCGGGAAAAGUAACAUAUUUCGAUGAUGGCUCUAGCCUAAGACCCAUUGUAAAGGGUAUAAACAAUAUUUACGAUUCGCCCGUUGACAAAGAGCGUAAUCGUCGACGACGCAGUUCACUGCAAGCCAAAUUGGAGCGCCAUCGUCGCAAGAAUAACGACAUCAGUCAAUUGAGCAUAGACAACAGCCUGCCAAGCGGCUCACAAAGCGAUUUGACCAAUGGCAGUAUGGGCGGUAGCGCUAUCGGUGCAUCGUCGGGUGAUCUAACGUACGGUGAUAUCGAUCCGAAUCAUUCGGCAUAUUUUCCGCGUCAGAAACGUCAUUCGUGGUGGAAUAUUUUCGUGCCAGACAACUUGAAGACCAGGUCACGUAGGGCUAGUCAAGAUGUAUCGCUUAUGUCACGCAGUGUUGACAAUUUAGCCGUGCCAGUGCGUCGGAGCAAAUCACGUAGCGUUGAUCAUGGCCUUGCUGCGCCAUUCGAUUUGGACUCACUGCGCUCGAAGGUGGAGGGACGCUUUGAAAGCGUUGAUCGAUUGACAAAUGAGCGCAAAAAGUCUUCGCUGCCCACCAUACCGACCAAAUCGUAUACUGUGGGUAAUCGUGAUACCUUGACCUCGGUGGCCGCACGUUUCGAUACUACACCCUCAGAGUUGACACAUCUCAAUCGUUUGAACAGUUCAUUCAUCUAUCCGGGCCAACAGUUGCUGGUGCCGGAUAAGAGUGCGGCCAAGAAUGAUUCGGUCAGUGGCAGUGCGACUGGCAUCGAUGAGAAGGGCUCCAACGCCAGCAUAUCGGGCAAAUCGAGCCCCAUCGAUCGCAAAUUAUCAACCACCGAUGAACAGAAUGAUGAAAAUGAUAUACUAGAAGGUCUCCGCCCGGGUUCACCUAAGCCGGGUCACAUAGAACGCGUCGAUUCUGCAAAGAGCACCGACAAUGCACAAGCCGAAGCAAAUAAAAGUGACGAUCCCGUCAUUACACAACGUUUCCUCAAAAUCAAUGUACGCCAUAUCACGGAUGGACAAGGUGUUGUGGGUGGUGUCCUUUUGGUCACACCUAACGCCGUUAUGUUCGAUCCGAAUGUCUCCGAUCCGUUAGUGAUUGAACAUGGACCGGAGAGUUACGGUGUAAUUGCACCUAUGGAAUUGGUGGUGAAUGCAGCCAUCUUUCACGAUAUAGCGCAUAUGCGUGUGUCUGGCGGUAUAAAUACCGAACAAAAUGAAAAUGCCGAAAUCUACUAUCCACAAGCAGUAUUAGAAGCGAAACAGGCUAAAGAAGCCAAAGAGCGAGGAGAUGAAGGUGAUGGCGGUGCGCGCAAGCAAAGCGCUACAGGUGGUUCUAUGGAGACAUGUGACGAUCAGGAGUCGUUAUGCUCUAACACGGGCGAACGUGAGCAAAAAGACGCAGAGAAGUGUGUAGAAGCCAAAGAAGAAAGUGCUAAGACUGAUAAUGAGGUCAACACGAAAGCCAACAAAACCGAAGACGAUGCUGAUGCAAAUGAUUUGAAGAAAACCCUUAACCUCACCGAUUCACGCACCACACUGGAGGAAAGACGCAAAAGUCUAUUGGAUCACCAUUGGGCCAUACCGAGCAAAGAUCGCCUCUAUUAUCUUAAUUCCCGAAGAUCAUCGGAAGACGAAGGCGACAACGAAUCGCAAACGACCAUUGAUAGCGGUGCCCGUGGGCAGGAUCCACACUCGGCCACCUCCUCGAUUAGCGGCAUUGGUGCGGCUAGUGGCGCUUUGCAUUUGCCUGGCGGUCUGGCGCUCGCCGAUCUAGAACACCUGGAGGAGCUAGCUAAGCAAUCGUGCUAUGACUCGGGCAUCGAUAUACGUGAACCCAUUGCAAAUUUGCAGCCCAUACCAAAGAAGACCGUAUAUAGUGAUGCCGAUAUUGUGCUGAGCUCCGAUUGGGUGCCACCGAAGACCAUCUCGCCGACACUAAUGAGCGAAUCGCCGCCGCGCAGCUCAGUGCUGAGCGCACAAAACCUUGACGCGGGCACGGUUGGUGGACGCAAGAAGACCACUAGCGUCAGCUUCAGCGUUGACGAUAACAAUAGCGAGCAACAGGCUGUGGCGGCGGUGACAGCGGCAUCCGCACAGGGUGACAAGAAUGCUGAGAAGAAGAAUAAAAUGUUGAAACGCUUAUCAUAUCCCUUGGCUUGGGUGGAAGGCCUAACUGGAGAAGCUGGCGGACCUCCGGGCACUGGUGGCAGCCUCGGCAAGUCGGCGGACUCUGAAUCGGCGCCCAACACGGGCGAUUCGAAUCAAAGCGUAUUUUCGAAAGUAUUUUCAAGUUCACCCAUUACUUUGGUCUCAGAGUUGGGUGGCAAUUUAUUUUCAAAAACACCGUCCGAAGACUCUGGUGGCUCACCAGUGCCACCACUGACUCCGCAUUCAACUCAUUCCGAGGGUCAUAUUUCCAUUGGACGCUCAUCGAUUGGCACAUUUAUGCGUCCACAAUCGUCGGAGGGCACUGCUUCCACAACGAAAUUGAAGGACGUGAAACAGCAACCGAAAUUGGACUACCGUUCGAUGGUAUCAGUUGACGACAAACCGGAAUUGUUCAUUAGCGUUGAUAAAUUGAUACCACGACCGGCACGUGCCUGCCCGGACCCACCAUUGUACUUACGCCUGCGCAUGGGCAAGCCCAUUGGCAAGGCAAUACCGCUACCGACUUCUGUUAUGUCGUAUGGCAAAAAUAAAUUGAGACCUGAAUACUGGUUUAGUGUACCUAAAAAUCGCGUUGAUGAAUUGUAUCGCUUCAUAAACACCUGGGUGCAACACCUGUACGGUGAAUUGAAUGAAGAACAAAUCAAAGCGCGUGGCUUCGAACUCAUUCAAGAUGAUACCGAGUGGACGAAGAGCGGCACCAGCAAGAGCGGACGCAGUGGCAGCCAAGAAAACGAGGAGAUAAGUGACUUGACACGCGAGUCGUGGGAGCUUAUAAAGGCGCCCUUUGCCAAGACCUACAGCAUUAUAAAAACGGCAAAGCAUGCCGCAUCGCAUGAGAUGGAUUUGUUGAGCGGCGAGGUGUUGUCUAUGAGCACAGAUGAUUAUCGCAAGGCUUCAUUAUUUGCAACCGGUUCUUUUGACUUGGACUUCCCCAUACCAGAUUUAAUUGGCACAACAGAAAUUCUCACAGAAGAGCAUCGUGAAAAACUUUGUGGACACCUACCCGCACGCGCCGAAGGCUAUUCAUGGUCAUUGAUAUUCAGCACCUCCCAGCAUGGCUUCUCGCUGAAUUCGCUCUACCGAAAGAUGCAGAAACUCGAAAGUCCCAUACUAAUUGUAAUACAAGAUACAGAAAAUAAUGUCUUUGGCGCAUUAACGUCCUGUUCCCUGCACGUGUCUGAUCAUUUCUACGGCACCGGCGAAUCGCUGUUAUACAAAUUUAAUCCCAGCUUUAAAGUGUUUCAUUGGACCGGCGAGAAUUUAUAUUUCAUUAAGGGCAAUAUGGAGAGCUUGUCGAUCGGUGCUGGAGACGGUCGCUUUGGUCUAUGGCUGGACGGCGACCUCAACCAAGGACGAUCGCAAUCCUGCAGCACAUACGGCAAUGAGCCACUAGCACCGCAAGAAGACUUUGUUAUUAAAACACUCGAAUGCUGGGCAUUUGUUUAAGAUUUUUUAGUGAAAGCAUACAAAAAUUAUUACUAAAGCUAAACUAUAUUAUAAUUAGUGGAGAAAAACAAACUAUCAAAGAAAACAAGAAAGCAAACAUAUUUAACUUUGUGCAAGAAUCAAUUUAAGAAAACCAAGAACAGCAACAAAUGCAAGCGAACCGAGACUUCUCAGAGCCGUGCAGUUGAACUACAACAACAACAAACACAACCAGAAAGUGGUAGGCUGCGGCGAACGCAGAAACAGCACGUCGGCAACAACAAAAACAAAAGCAAAAGAAAUUUAUAAUUAAAACUAUAUUAAAUAUAAGUUAAUCAUAUUAUAAUAAUUAAACACUAAGCGCUAUUAAGGAAAUCAUUUCGAACGAAAGAGCAAGAAUUGUUAUUAUUUUUUUUUUUUAUACAUUCGGAUGAUGCAUAUUCAUGCGCGUGCAGCACAUUUUGAAACCACACAUGUAACUCAGCGUCAAAUGUCAGCCUGGAAAGUGUCAUUUAAGUAAAAAAAAGCAACACAAAAAACAACAGCAAAGAAAAACGCUUCGCUAUCCUGGCAAGCAUACAAACUACACACACAUACAUAUUUACAUACAUACAACCAUAAAAUGCAUCAUACAAGCGCUAAGCACUAUUUUGUGCGAAUUCUUUACAUACACACUCACAAAAAGCUGUGUCAUUGCUUUAUUUAAGUUAUUAUGUAUUAAUGCUACAACAAAAAUGUAAAAUUCGACUUUUCGAAAACAAUUUAAUUUGCAAAAUUUCGUGAACAAGCCUUCUGAAAGUAACUUAACUGUGUGGCAACACAGUUGUAGACACAAGCACUUUUGCUAGCAUACUAUAUGAUUUACCACUACUUUCGGAAGGCUUCAACUCGUAGUGCAACUAAUCAUUAGAAAAGUACGAUUAUUUUAUUUAAAAAAUGUAUUUAAACGUAAUAUUGUUGCAUAUAUUGUAGCGCAGUAGAUUUUGUAGAAUUGUGCGUUCAAAAAUAGUAAUUGAAAAUUAAAAAAAAAUAACAUUUGUGGAAUAAAAGUGGGAAAAGCGCCUAUAAAGAAUGGCUUAUAACAACUAUUUUCUCUUAUUUUAUAAUAGCAUAAUUUUUGAGUAUCCAAAAUUGCUAGGUUUUGAAAAGUGUAUAUAAAAUGAAAGAUUACAGUUAGAAUUCGUAUUAAAAAUUGCUGUAAAAACAAUGUUAUGCACAUAUUAAUUUGAAAGAAAUGUAUACAUUUAUUGAUUAUUGUUAAAAAAAAUUAAUUAUCGUAACAUAAUGUUACUUAACUUAAUGUGACAUAACAUAACGUAACGUGAUUUGACGUAACGUAAAAAAAACUAUCGUGACGUAACGUGACAUAACUUAAUGUGACAUAACGUAACGUGACUUGACGUACCGUAACUUAAAAAGUUUAGCAAUUGUUAAAAUUUAAAAUUAUUAAAUUAUUUAAAAAUGCUUACAUACAUAUGUUUGGUAUUUGAAUCCCAUCGCCGCGUCAUGCUCUGUUGCUUUCCUGUUAUAGGCCAUAUGCUACAUACAAGCAUACAAGCAAAUAUACACACCUACAAAACACUUAUCACUCCCAACCACGCAACUUUUGUAGCGCUUUGAGAAGCAAGCACUUGCUUAAUGCAUCGAUUUUUAUUGACGACAAGGUUAAGAAUUCAUAAAAUUAAAUUUUGAAUGUUGUAAUAGCAAAAAAAUAUAUAAAUAAAAAAACCACAUGCAAACAUAUAUACACACAUAUAAAUAUUGUGAGCUAGCUAGCUAGCUGUUAAAAAAUGCGCAUUGAUUGCGUCGUAGUUACACUUAAGUUUUUAAUUAAAUGAGUAAUUUACACUUAAUUAAAUAAUUAAACUAAUUCUUAUUAUUAUGAUCAUAACUGUAGCGUUUAUUUUAUUGUUAUUAACAUGGAACUUUUGAGAAUGAGCGUUGCGUAUUUUUGUUUGUUUAAUUUUUAUUUCAGAAAAUUAAUUUAUAGUGCUUUAACAGGGCGUUAAUUUUGUGUGCAUAAUCAUUUUAAAGUAAUUGAAAAUAUGCAAUUCAAAAAUAAUGAAAAUUUUAAUACAAUUAUAUGAAAAGAAAUGUUGAGAACAAACAAACUCAAAACGCUAAACGCAAAUCAAGAGUAUAACAUAUACAUGUAUAAAUAUAUGGCAAUUAUUAUGUGAACGAGCGUAAAGGAUAAAUGCAAAAAUACAUUAUUUACAAACAAAAACAAUUACAAACAAAUAAA